GCGUGAAUUCACCCCUGAGCGCGGGUCGUCGUCGCAGAGGCUACUCAGAGUGCGGAAUAUUCGCAGGCCAGCUGUCCAUACCCAAGCAUCGAUGGUCACUCUAGCUAUACGAUGAGCUCGACGCGAGAACAGCCGUAGCACCUCGCCCUCAAGGGAGCAGGCCAUCUCACCUCCGCCACGGGCCACGCUGCCACUUCCGUCUUGGUUCCGGCCUCUUUCCUUGCUUCCGACAAUUGCUGCACCUGCCGCUGCCUCAUCCAUCCUCUCUACACAGCUGACCUUGGCUGCUCUCGAGAAUCAUGUUCAGGCCCUUGGGGCUCCUGAAUCACAUACCUUGUCCAGCGCAGACCGAGGCUCUGUGCGGCAGUUCGCGAUCAGAAUGUCCCUUUCAGCACACGACAGCAGCUCCAAGGGAUCCAGCUGAAGACCAGAGCAUCCCCUCCUCUUCGUCAGUCCUGCUGCCGGCAUCUCAGCGUCUCGGCGCAGCAUCUUCGAAUGUCUCCUCUUCGCCGCCUGCAAAGCGACUCAAGGUCAAUGCUUACCAGGCCACGGCCACAUCGCAAAGCAGCAGCACUGGUAAUAGCAAGGACGCUGGUGACGACGGAGGAUGGACUACUGUCUCGCACAAAAAGCCUGUUCUCGACAGCCCCGGCGUCACCAGGGAGCCAGUCCGAGCUUCUUCGUCCUCGGCAGCUUCGAGUGAGGCAGCGUUCCGGCGGCCUCCUAUAGUGGUAGCAUCUGCCCAUCCUCGCUCUUCGCAGAUCCCUCUAUCCUCUCGCAAUACAUCGUUAAAGACCUUGUGGACCAUCUUCAAUGCUGCCUAUGCUCCCCUCCUGGUGUCUGAAAUUCCCGAAGUGCAGGAUGCUGGUCGAAGGCUAGCAUUUCAAGAUUCCCUCUCCCAAGAGAAGGACAUCUUCUCCAAAGCAUCAAAAACGAGUUACCGAACGAGCAUCGUCACGGCUGCGACAGGCAUACGCAAGCGUGAUACAGCUGCUGUUGCUCUGGCGGAGAAGCUGGCACAGGAUCUUGGCAGGACUGCCAAAGAUAUUGCUCAACUUCUAAGAGAGUCAUGCUCGGAGGUGGGGACCAAUAGCGAGGUACAGGGGAAGAGAGCUGCCAUUGAAGAGCGGAGAAAGACGAGACUUACCUCUGCGAAGUUGAGACAGCACCACUUCUUAUGCCCUCCUGCCGAUUUGCCCAGCUUCGGCUACGCUGUCGAGCCAAGAGAUGCAUCUAUAGAAGAGGCAUGGGGACUUGGUAGCUCCGCACCCGACGCGGUCGGAGAGAAGAAGGAUUGCAACAGGUGUGGAAAAGAGUUCAUAGUCGGGGGAGAGGUAGGGGACGACGGAUUUCGCCAGGGCCAAGACGAGAGGGCAUGUCACUACCAUUGGGGCAAGAAGAGGUUCGAGCGAGAUGCAGGUGUUGCGGGACGAUCGAAAGUCCAAUUUUGGACAUGCUGCAACCGACCAGUCGAGUCUGGCCACCUUGCACCUUCCCUUUCUGUUCUUGCGGGAUUCGGCGGCCCAUCUGCUUUCGUAGAAGGCGAUGAGACGUGUGCAAAUGGACCUCACGUCUUCAAAGAGGACCGAGUAGAGGAUCUCCACAAACGUGAAGGCUUCGUCACCAGCCGCGAGCUCGCAGAAGCGAUGAUUGCAGAGGCUGACAGAAUAGCUCCUCUUGAAAUUGCCGCAAUCGAUUGCGAGCUGGGUUACACUACCGCUGGAAUGAGCAUGACGAGGGUGACUGUUCUCGAUGAGAGUGGUGCUAUUGUUCUAGAUGAGCUCGUCAAGCCUCGAGCAGAAGUGCUUGAUCCGAAUCUCAGAUUUUCCGGCGUUACAAAGGAGCAGCUGGAGCAGCCUGGCGUGAAGAGUCUGCCUGAAGUGCGCAGAGAGAUUGCCCGUUUCGUUGGUCCUGAUACUAUCAUCAUUGGACAUGGGCUGGAAAAUGAUCUCAACGCGAUGAGGCUUCUGCACACUACAGUAGUUGAUACAGCCCUACUCUUUCCUCAUCACAAAGGCUUACCCUUUCGGCACGGCCUGAAGCUUCUGUCCUCGAAGCAUCUGCAGAGGAGCAUUCAAGACGGUCCCGCUACAGCUGGUCACUCUUCCGUCGAGGAUUCCAAGGCCAGUCUCGACCUCGUGAAAUGGAAGAUGUCGACUGAUGCUCGGUCACCGUUCAGCCCAGCUACUCUACCUGGCUCCGGCUCCGUCCGAGCGACAAGUGGUACAGUGCGGCAGAACAUGAGCCCGUCUACACCAGCAGGCCAUUCCAACACAAUAGGAUCGACACCACCUGGGCGGGUUGCAACUCUCGCUUCGAGAGCUACUUCAGGCUCUCCAUCGGCUGGUGAUGUGGGGCGCCCUGAUGCCAGCAAUCAAAAGAUGCCAUCCAACCCGUUUUCUCGCUCUGCCCACUCGCCGCCUGCUCCUGCGGAUGCCAUGUCAGGUCUCUUCAUCCCAAGGCGGCGAUAGUAUCGGCUGACUUCCGUAACGACUCAACGUGACUCC